GCCGAGGUCGGACCUAGCCCUUCUCUCUAUUUUGAAUUUGAUCAACCCAUCUUUGCCAGCAAACCCACAUCUUUUUCACAGGAGCUGAAAAUUGAGUCUUCGCAGAAAUAUUAGGAUAUAUUUUCAAUCAUUUUGGUGCUGAGGGAGAGGCGAGAGCUUAGUUUUAUAUUGAGACAUCACGCCGGCUGCAAGCAGAGAAUGCUUUCCCCUGCCAGGACCUGAUGCAAUCCAUUCAAGCCAACAAGUUUGGAGAGAAUGUUGAGUUCAAUCAAUUCAGAACGUCGAGAUGGAGCCCAACUCACUCCAGUGGGUCGGCUCACCGUGUGGAUUGCACGGACCUUAUAUUUUUUAUAAGGCUUUUCAAUUCCACCUUGAAGGCAAACCAAGAAUCUUGUCCCUUGGCGACUUUUUCUUUGUAAGAUGUACGCCAAAGGAUCCGAUUUGCAUAGCGGAGCUCCAGCUGUUGUGGGAAGAAAGGACCAGCCGGCAACUUUUAUCCAGCUCGAAACUUUAUUUCCUCCCCGAAGACACUCCCCAGGGCAGAAAUAGCGACCAUGGCGAGGAUGAGGUCAUCGCCGUCUCCGAAAAGGUGAUCGUAAAAUUAGAAGAUUUGGUCAAAUGGGCGCAUUCUGAUUUCUCCAAAUGGAGAUGUGGGCUCCGAGCCACCCCAGUGAAAACGGAGGGUUGUGGGAGAAAUGGACAGAAGGAGGCUCUGCUCAGGUACAGACAGUCAACCCUCAACAGUGGGCUCAACUUCAAGGACGUUCUCAAGGAGAAGGCCGAUCUUGGGGAAGAUGAGGAAGAGACCAAUGUGAUCGUGCUCAGCUACCCCCAAUACUGUCGGUACCGUUCUAUGCUCAAGAGGAUCCAGGAUAAGCCAUCUUCCAUCCUCACAGACCAGUUUGCCCUCGCCCUGGGGGGCAUCGCAAUGGUCAGCAGAAACCCCCAGAUCCUGUACUGCCGGGAUACCUUUGACCACCCUACUCUCAUAGAAAACGAGAGUAUAUGCGAUGAGUUCGCGCCAAAUCUUAAAGGCAGACCUCGCAAAAAGAAAACAUGUCCCCAGAGAAGAGAUUCCUUCAGUGGCUCGAAGGACCCCAACAAUAACUGUGAUGGUAAAGCCAUCAACAAGGUGAAAGGCGAGGCCAGGUCAGCCUUGACCAAGCCGAAGAAUAACCACAGUAACUGUAAGAAAGCCUCAAAUGAAGAAAAGCCAAAGCUGUCCAUUGGAGAAGAAUGUAGGGCAGAUGAACAAGCCUUCUUAGUGGCACUUUAUAAAUACAUGAAAGAAAGAAAAACGCCCAUCGAGCGAAUUCCCUACUUGGGUUUCAAACAGAUUAACCUUUGGACUAUGUUUCAAGCUGCUCAAAAACUUGGAGGAUAUGAAACAAUCACAGCCCGCCGCCAAUGGAAACAUAUUUAUGAUGAGUUAGGUGGUAACCCCGGGAGUACCAGCGCGGCCACCUGCACUCGAAGACACUACGAAAGGUUAAUCCUACCAUACGAAAGGUUUAUCAAGGGAGAAGAAGAUAAGCCUUUGCCUCCAAUCAAACCCCGGAAGCAGGAAAACAACCCACCGGAAAACGAGAAUAAAACAAAAGUAUCAGGAACCAAACGCAUCAAACAUGAACUGCCCAAAAAUAAGAAAGAGAAAGAGAAUACACCAAAGCCCCAGGAUACAUCUGAGGUUUCCAUGGAGCAAGGGAAGGAAACUGAGAUGGUAAGCCAGAAGAGCAUCCCAGAGACUCUCCCCACUGCCGAAGUCAAGAAGAAACCAGAAGGGCACAAGGAUCUUGCAGCAAGGGCGCCGGUGUCCAGAGCAGACCCAGAAAAGGACAAUGAGACUGACCAAGGUUCCAACAGUGAGAAGGAGGCUGAGGAGCCGGGAGACAAGGGCCCCGCCCCUAUGCUCCCAAGCCCUCCCCUGCCACCUGAAAGAGAUUCAGCUCCUACCCCUGGGGCUGGGAAACAGCCCCUUGCCUCUCCCAACACCCACAUGGACUCAAAGCAAGAAGCCAAACCCUGUGGCUUUACAGAGAGCCCUGAAAAUGACCUCCAAGAAGCACCCUUUCCCAGCUUUCCCGCCACCCAGCCACCCCUGGCAAGCCAGAACGAGGGAGAGGAAGAUAAGCUUCCCACCAUGACUAACUAUAUUGCCAACUGUACUGUGAAGGUGGACCAGCUGGGCAGUGACGACAUCCACACUGCCCUCAAGCAAACCCCCAAGGUCCUUGUGGUCCAAUCAUUUGACAUGUUCAAAGACAAAGACUUGACCGGGCCCAUGAAUGAGAACCACGGACUUAAUUACACGCCCCUGCUCUACUCCCGGGGUAACCCCGGGAUCAUGUCCCCACUGGCCAAGAAAAAGCUUUUGUCUCAGGUGAGUGGGGCAAGCCUCUCCAGCAGCUAUCCCUAUGGCUCCCCACCCCCUUUGAUCAGCAAGAAGAAACUGAUUGCCAGGGACGACCUGUGCUCAGGUUUGUCCCAGGCCCACCACAGCCAAAGCUCUGAUCACACGACCGUCAGCCGGCCAUCGGUAAUCCAACAUGUCCAGAGCUUCAAAAGCAAGGCCUCCGAGGACAGAAAGGGUAUCAAUGAGAUCUUUAAGCACGACAAACUGAGUCGGUCUGAUGCUCACCGCUGUGGUCUGUCCAAGCACCAGCUCAGCUCCCUGGCUGACUCCUACAUCCUGAAGCAAGAGGUGCAGGAAGGCAAGGACAAACUGCUGGAGAAAAGAGCGGUCUCCCACGCCCACAUGCCCAGUUUCCUGGCAGACUUCUACUCAUCCCCGCAUCUCCAUAACCUCUACCGACACACAGAACACCAUCUUCACAACGAACAGUCGGCCAAGUAUGCCUCUAGAGACGUGUACCAGGAAUCUGAAAACAGCGCUUUUCUUUCUCACAAACACCCAGAGAAGAUCCACGUCAAUUAUCUCGCCUCUCUGCAUCUGCAAGAUAAGAAGUUGGCUGCAGCAGAAGCCUCUAGAGAUGAUCAACCAACGGACCUGAGCCUUCCCAAGAACCCACAGAAACUAACCAGCAAAGUCCUGGGCCUGGCCCACUCAGCCUCAGGGUCCCAGGAGAUCAAAGGCCCCUCCCAGUUCCAGGUCAUCAGCAGCCAGAGUCGAGACUGUCACCCCAAAGCCUGCCGGGUAUCUCCCAUGACCAUGUCGGCCCCUAAAAAAUACCCUGAGUCGAUUGCAAGGUCAGGAAAACCUCACCAUGUGAGACUGGAAAACUUCAGGAAAAUGGAAGGCAUGGUCCAUCCCAUCCUGCACCGGAAGAUGAGCCCGCAGAAUAUUGGAGCUGCUCGCCCUAUAAAGCGCAGCCUGGAGGAUUUAGAUCUUGUGAUCGCUGGGAAAAAAGCCAGGGCUGUGUCUCCCUUGGACCCAGCCAAAGAGGCUUCUGGGAAAGAAAAGGCCUCUGAACAGGAGAGCGAGAGCAGCAAAGGAGCCUAUGGUGGGCAUUCUGGGGCUGCAUCCGAAGGCCACAAGCUUCCGGUCUCCUCUCCCAUCUUCCCAGGUUUGUAUUCUGGUAGCCUGUGUAACUCGGGCCUCAACUCCAGGCUCCCGGCCGGGUACUCCCACUCUCUGCAGUACUUGAAGAACCAGACGGUGCUCUCUCCUCUCAUGCAGCCCCUGGCUUUCCACUCGCUCGUGAUGCAAAGAGGAAUUUUUACAUCGCCGACCAAUUCUCAGCAGCUGUACAGACACUUGGCUGCAGCGACCCCCGUGGGAAGUUCUUACGGGGACCUGUUGCACAAUAGCAUCUACCCUUUAGCUGCUAUCAACCCUCAGGCUGCCUUCCCACCGUCUCAGCUGUCCUCUGUACACCCCAGCACAAAACUGUAAGCCUCGCGGUGCCCAGCAUCCCCGACGAUUACAACGACGAUGAUGGGGGUCCGUGCGCCAACCCUGGAGGGCUGGCUUGCAGAGUCGGAAGUCAGUAUUCCUUCUCAUCUGGUGAUACAGUUCAUCCCAGCCAUAGAGGCCUAAAGGCCAGGUGAACACGCCUACCUUUUCGAGGACAACCCUAGGCUGGCUGGCCAGUUGUCCUUCCGACACAGAUGGCCUAGGGCCUCCAGACCUCUUUUUCAAGUUGAUCUUUGUGAAGCGUAUCUGUGUCUAUCCCAGAAGAACUCAGAGGAUACCCCCCCCCCCCAGUUUGGGAUGGUAGGGAAGCAAUCUGAGCAAAAAAAAAAAAAAAAAAGGGGGGGGCAGGCUUUUCAAAGGACAGGGCAAGAAAGACUGGCAAGCAACAGCCAGGGGACGUCCUUCUUUUUCAUAAAACUCACCAAGUUCAAUCAAUGCAAUGUAUAGUAAAACUUAAAGAGACCUUUCAUCCUGACACUAUUAAACAAUCCAGAGAAGAAAACACUGUUAGACUGUAUAUAUUUGCUUCUUAAAGCUACCCGUAUCACUGUUGACUCGCCUAAUUUAUAUACAGAUAGUUCUGUUUUCUCCUGGUUCUUUCUUGUUCCUGCCCUGGGGUAUUUUGGGUUUGUUUAUCUGUUUGUUUUGUUUGUUUUUUAAUUAAACAGUAUCUCUUCUAUUUGCAGGUCUUCUGUUUUGGUUUUAUUUUUUUGGUUUUUUUGUUUUUGUUUUUUUGUUUGUUUGUUUGUUUUUGUUUUUGUUCUGUUCCGUUUGCAAGGCUGACUGACUCUCCUAGUUGUUGAUGUGUAUUUUAUCAAUUUCCCCCUCCCCCCCACACAUCUUCUUUUGAGCAGCUUUGGGUGGUCAAGUUAUUGUUUACAAAUUGAAGCAACUGAUUUUAGUGGAACUGACUGAAAAGAACCCGUGGAGAACUCGAGCUAGCGGAAAGCCUGUGCCUUUGCAGGCCUGCGCCUCGAGGAUUCCGGUCCUCGUAAGUGGCAUAAUUGAGAGCUUAUACACUGCUUCUCCAGCCAAGUGCUUUGCUUUGAAGUAUUGGAUUAUGUGAAAAUAUUAAGCAUUGUACUCACCUUAUCUAGGCUGUGAACCCGUCCUACAUACCAGAGAAAUCAUAAAACAAAACAAAAAAAAAACCUUGUUGACAAAAAGCCACUGACUAACGGUCUAGAGGACACACGUGUGGGCUGUGCAGACUUUUUAGGAAUUUCAAAACUUAAGAGCCAGGGUGACUUGUGCUGGUGUUGGGACUGUACCUUUUCAAUGGUCUGGAGAAGGGGACUGGGAAAGGAUGGUGUGUGACUAUUUAGCAGAGAGGGGGCUACCCAGGAUCUGACCGCUGGGCAUCCCAGCCAGGCCUUGGCCCCUUGAGUAACAGAGCUAUUGUCAUCAUCAGCUGGUUUUUUUUUUU